CUGUUCCCUGUAUUCGGUCCAGUGCUGCUGUGAAUGUUUGGUGUUACGCUUCCCUUCUCUCUAUUGUGGUUUUCAUCUAAUUUGUGCUUAAAGUGCAACAUUCAGAAGAGUUGGAAAAGUGCCCUCAUUCAGUUUCAUCCAGACUGGGGGCCAAGCAGGACUACGGUUAUAACGGGGACCAAAAGUGAGGGGACAAUGCAAGUCCACGUUCACACAAAGUUCUGUUUCCUGUGUGUGCUCACCUUCCUGUUCCAUCAGUGCAGCCACUGCCAUGGAGACGAGCAGCACCAGCAUAGUGGACAUCACCACGGCAACCACGCCCAUGCCCACAGUGACCUGCAGAUUUCCGAGGCCUCGUACACAAGAGAAGGUACUCCUCCCCCUGACUCCCAGGAUCCUCAGGGGGACAUUUUGGAGGAGGAGCAGCGUUUCUACAUUCAGCAGUUGUUUAGGCGCUACGGCCAGAAGGACCGGCUGGACUUCCACAGCUUUCAGAGUCUGCUCUUCAGCCUGGGUCUGGGGGAAGUGAAGGUGGUGGGUGUGGAUCAUGACGAACUGGGUCAUGAUCAUGUAGCCCACCUCGACCUACUGGACGUGCAGGAAGGGCUUCAUUCUCAUUCAUCAUCCAGUGAUGGUCAUGGUCAUGGACACGGACACGGACAUGAUCAUACACAGCACAAACACGACCAUCGUCCACACUCGGAGGGAACCCAGACCACCUGUGGCCAGCGGACCACUGCUGCCAGUCCUGCUGCUGGUUCACCGAAGGAACACGACCACAAACAUGACCAUAACCAUGACCAUGAUCACAAACAUGAACAUGAACAUGAACAUGAUCAUGAUCACGAACACGAACACGAUCAUGGACAUGUAGAACAGAAUCACGAUGAUGCCAAGGUAAAAGAUGGCAGCCAUAAACAUUUGAAUGGACAUGAUCAUGACAAUCACCUGGAUCACAAAGAGCACAAAGAUGAGAAGGUCGUGGUCCACUCAAACCACAAGGACUUGUCUUCUCAACCUCACACUGAGCACAACCAUGACUACAGUCAUGACCAUGACCAUGACCAUGACCACGACCACGACCACGACCACAGUCCUGUCCAUCCAAUGCAGAAUGGCACAGACAGUCCUUCCACCUAUGAGGGCCUGCCCCCCUCUGCCCAACCCAAGCCGUCCCACGUCCCUCAGGAGCUGCACUCGUCUCCUGCACCCACAGAAAGCCGGCCUAAGAAGUCCAAAAAGGUAGCAAGGGUCAGAGGACGAGGGCGAAACAAAAGCCCCGCUCCAGAUACAGUUCCAGCUGAUGACCACGACCAUGACCACGACCACGAUCACAGCCAUGGUCACAGCCACACUCAUAAACGCAAAAGAGAAGCACCAGGGGGUCUGGCCACUCCCACCCUGCCAGUCCCUGUCCUUCCUGGACAUCCAGGCGGCCUGUCCCAUCAGCAUGAGGAGUGUUUGAACCUGACCCAGCUGCUCACCCACUAUGGCCUGAGUUCAGAAUCGCUCAUCUCCCCGAUCCAGUUCACAUAUCUGUGUCCAGCUCUGCUCUACCAGAUAGACAGCCGACUGUGCAUUCGCCAUUACCACCAGAUGGAUGUGGAGCAGGAAGCUCUGGAACACAUCAGUUCUGUGUGGGUGUGGCUCUGGGGUUUCGUGUCCAUCACCAUCAUCAGCCUUCUGUCCCUGCUCGGCGUGGUGCUCGUGCCUAUCCUCAACCAAUCCUGUUUCAAGUUCCUGCUCACCUUCCUGGUGGCUCUGGCUGUGGGAACUCUCAGCGGAGACGCUCUGCUUCACCUGCUGCCUCAUUCUCAAGGUGGCCAUGACCACAGCCAUGACGCGACCAGCCCCGGCACAGAUCUGGUGACUGCUUUCGAUGGAGUGUGGAAGGGUCUGACGGCGCUGGCCGGCAUCUACCUCCUCUUCAUUAUUGAGCACUGUAUCGGAAUGUUUAAGCACUACAAAGACCAGAGGGGCAUGAAGAAAGUGAGCGAGGAGGGGAAGAUUGGCAGGAAACUGUCAGAUCACAAGUUAAACCGGCGCUCAGAUGCAGAGUGGCUGCACCUCAGGCCGCUCAGUGAAGACCCUGACAGCACAGUCGUCUCCUGUGACAGCAGUCACAACGACACGCAGCUCCCGGACCUCAACACACCCGACUCCCCCACUAACAAGACUCCGCUGGCACCGCUAAAAGACCAGCAGCGUUCGCCCACCAAGGAGAACGGACAUAAGGCCAAGCACAGCCACGGACACCGCCACGGGCACGGACACGGGCACUCCCACGGUGGAAACUGCCACUCGGACCAGGAGAUGAAGGAUGCCGGGAUCGCCAGCAUCGCCUGGAUGGUCAUCAUGGGCGAUGGCAUGCAUAACUUCAGUGAUGGUCUGGCCAUAGGAGCUGCAUUCAGUGCGAACCUGACCGGAGGCAUCAGUACGUCUGUGGCAGUGUUCUGCCACGAGUUACCUCAUGAGCUGGGUGACUUUGCUGUGUUGCUCAAAGCUGGGAUGACGGUGAAGCAGGCCAUUGUGUACAAUCUGCUGUCGGCCCUCAUGGCCUACGUGGGCAUGCUGAUCGGCACCGCUGUGGGCCAGUACACCCACAACGUCACCAGCUGGAUCUUCGCCAUCACAGCUGGCAUGUUCCUCUACGUGGCUCUGGUGGACAUGUUGCCAGAGAUGCUUCACGGGGACAGCGAGGACCACAAGCGGUGCCAGCUGGGACACUUUAUCCUGCAGAACCUGGGCUUGCUGACCGGGUUCGGCAUCAUGCUGCUCAUAGCCAUCUUUGAAGACCAAAUCGUUUUCGACUUUGGCUUUUAGUGGAGGUGGGGGGCUGGGUUUGGGGUGGGGGGGUUGGAUGUAUCAUUAUUAAUGUCGCUCUUGGCCUUAACAUGCUUUGUUUGUGGUGUAACGGGCCGGUCCUGCAUGCAGCCCGAGCCUCCAUUCCAAACACGCUUAUGUCAUGUGAUGUUUACGCGCUGCUCAUCCAUCAUGUGUCUGUGAAGCACAACCACGCACCAGAACACACAAACUGGACUUGAACAUACGAGCGAGCGGGGCGGCCGCAGAAGACGCACCUGCCCGCCACUGCGCCCGCCCAUCCAUCAUCGCCUGCUGUUGAUGUGUUGUCGUCCGGUCUUCCCUCUGUGCUGUGUCUCCAUCCAUCAUCAUCAUCAUCAUCAUCAUCCUCCUCCUGCUGUGUGUCACAUGUGUCUGCGCCGAGCCCCGCCCACCAGAGACACAACAUGUCCUCGCACAGACGAGCGACGGUGGCGUUCAACCAUCGGAGCCUCUGCAGCUCAGCCGACGUCUGUUCUGGUCACUGGCUUUCCUUUACAG